CAAGAUGGCGUGUUGCAGGAACUGUUUUUGUUGUCAGUGCUGCUGCAGACGAGGAGAGACGCGGACCCCCGAGGAACUGACGAUUCUGGGGGAAAUUCGAGAUGAAGAGGAUGAGAUUCUGCCCAGGAAAGACUACGAGAGUUUGGAUUACGACCGCUGCAUCAAUGAGCCCUAUGUGGAGGUUCUGGAGGGUCUGGAUAACAAGAAAGCCAGAAAGUAUGAGGCGGUGCGAUGGAUGAUGGUGUUUGUGAUCGGCGUCACAGUUGGUCUGGUUGGCCUGUUCGUGGACUUCUUUGUCCACUUGUUCACUAAAAUCAAGUUUUCUCUGGUUGCUGAUUCCGUACAGAAGUGCAGCGAUAAAGGCUGCCUGCCUCUGUCUCUGCUGGAGCUCCUGAGCUUCAACAUGACCUUCGUCUUCAUCGCCAGCGUCCUCGUCCUCAUCGAGCCGGUGGCUGCAGGUUCUGGUAUCCCAGAAAUCAAAAGUUACUUGAACGGAGUGAAGAUUCCUGGAAUAGUUCGGCUGAGGACGUUCCUCUGCAAAGCUGCUGGGGUUCUGUUCAGCGUGGCCGGAGGUCUGUUUGUGGGGAAAGAAGGUCCGAUGAUACACAGCGGAGCCAUUGUUGGAGCUGGCCUUCCUCAGUUUCAGAGCAUCACGUUCAAGAGGAUAAAACUUGAUUUUCCUUACUUCCGCAGCGACAGGGACAAGCGAGACUUUGUGUCGGCUGGAGCUGCGGCUGGAGUCGCUGCAGCCUUCGGCGCUCCGAUCGGCGGCACCCUCUUCAGUCUGGAGGAGGGCUCGUCCUUCUGGAACCAGGCCCUCACCUGGAAGGUGCUCUUCUGUUCGAUGUCGGCCACUUUUACUCUGAACUUCUUCCGCUCUGGGAUUAACUUCAAUAAAUGGGGCUCGUUCCAGCUGCCCGGACUGCUCAACUUUGGAGAGUUUAAGUGUCUAGACGGUGAUAAGAACUGCCACCUGUGGACCGCAGUGGACCUGGCCUUCUUUGUCCUGAUGGGUGUGGUUGGUGGCCUGCUGGGGGCGCUCUUCAACUGCAUGAACAAGUGUCUGGCCAAGUAUCGCAUGAGACAUGUUCACCCCAAGGCCAGGUUCUUCAGAGUACUCGAGAGUCUGCUGGUUGCCAUGGUGACAACAGUUGUGAUAUUUGCCGCUUCCAUUUUGUUGGGCGAAUGUCGGGACCUGACCUCCCCCACCACCCACAACACCAAUCAUUUCCAGCUGGCCAACAGUGAGGAGAUCAACUCAACCAUUCGCCAGUUCUUCUGCUCCAACAAGACCUACAACGACAUGGCCACUCUGUUCUUCAACCCCCAGGAGGCUGCCAUCCACCAGCUCUUCCACCAGGACGGGACCUUCAGUCCGGUGACCCUGUCGGUGUUCUUCCUGCUCUACUUCCUGUUGGCCUGCUGGACCUACGGCGUGUCCGUCCCCAGUGGGCUCUUCGUCCCGUCGCUUCUCUGCGGGGCGGCGUUCGGACGUCUCGUCGCAAACAUCCUCAAAGUGAAACUGGGGAUGGACAUUUACUCCGGGACCUUUGCUCUGAUCGGCGCUGCCGCUUUCCUCGGGGGAGUGGUCCGGAUGACCAUCAGCCUCACCGUCAUCCUCAUCGAGUCCACCAAUGAAAUCACGUACGGGCUGCCCAUCAUGAUCACGCUGAUGGUUGCGAAGUGGACCGGAGACUUCUUCAAUAAGGGCAUCUAUGACAUCCACAUCCAGCUGAAAGGGGUCCCCCUGCUGGACUGGGAGACUGAGGUUGAAAUGGACAAGCUGACAGCCAGCGACAUCAUGGAGCCCAACCUGACCUACGUGUACCCCCACACCCGAGUUCAGUCCUUGGUCAGCAUCCUCCGAACCACCGUGUACCACGCCUUUCCCGUGGUCACAGAGAACCGGCAGAAUGAGCGAGACUUCAUGAAGGGCAACAUCCUGAUCAGCAACAACAUCCACUUCAAACGGUCCAACAUCGUGUCCCGUGCGGGGGAGCAGCGGCGGCGGUGCCAGUCGAUGAAGUCGUACCCGUCCAGCGAGCUGAGGAACGUUUGUGAUGAGCAGGUCGCCGCCGUGGAGCCGGCGGAGGAGGGCGAGGACCUGCUCCAGCAGAUGUUGGAGAGAAGGCAUGCUCCAUACCCAAACCUGUACCCGGAUCAGUCUCCCAGUGAGGAGUGGACCAUGGAGGAGCGGUUCAGACCACUUACCUUCCACGGCCUCAUCCUCCGCUCCCAGCUGGUCAACUUGCUCAUCAGAGGGGUCUGCUACUCCGAGAACCAGUCGAGUGCCACUCAGCCCCGGUUGUCGUAUGCAGAAAUGACAGAAGAUUACCCACGUUACCCAGACAUCCAUGAAGUGGACCUCACCCUGCUCAACCCCCUCAUGAUAGUGGAUGUCACCCCCUACAUGAACACAAGUCCCUACACGGUUUCACCCAACACCCGGAUCUCCCAGGUCUUCAACCUGUUCCGGACUAUGGGUCUCCGACACCUACCGGUGGUCAAUGCUGUCGGCGAGAUCGUUGGAAUAAUCACGAGGCAUAAUUUAACCCACGAGCUCCUGGCGGCCAAACUGCGACAGCAUUGCAUCACCAUCUGA